AUGCUCCAUCCGGUCCUCGAUGUGACUAACCUAAACAUCGUCCUCACCUUCUCAGGAAUCUACAUCCUCCUCUUCGGAUUCCUAUCCUUCAAAAUAAAACAACGAUGGUACCUAGGCGAAACCUUACCCGCCUUCAUCACCGGAAUUGCCUUCGGACCUGUCGGUGCUCGAUUCCUCCGUGUGGAUGAGUGGGGUUAUGACAAAACUACUGGGGCGAGUGAGAUUGCUUAUGGGCUAUUCCGAAUCGUUAUCGGCAUCCAAUUGGCCAAGGUAGGAUACGAGCUACCGAAGCGAUAUAUCAAAGAAUGUCUACUAGAGCUACUUAUCUGCUUACUUCCGCUCAUGAUGAUAUCGUGGCUUGUGAGCGCGGGAUGCAUUAUGCUCAUGGUUCCGAAUAUCUCAUUCCUUUCCACCCUAAUAAUAUCAUCCUGUAUAGCCUGUACAGAUCCCCUCCUCUCCCAGUCCAUCGCCAAAGGCCCCUUCUCCGAUACCUACGUCCGCCGCCCCCUCCGCGAAUUCAUCUCCGCCGAAGCCGGCUUAAACGACGGCUUCGGUUUCCCGUUCCUACUACUCGCCGUAUCAUUACUCCGAUACGCAGAAACGCCAGAGAAUGCAUUUAGUCUGGAGCAAUUUGAUUUGGAGCGUGGGGUACCGGGGUAUUUGGACAGUGUGGGGAAGGGGCGGUUUGGGGGUGGAGGGGUUGUGGCGCUUGAGCAUUGGGUUUUGGAGGGUGUUGGGUAUAUGAUUUUGCUGGGGGGUGCGGUUGGGUGGUUUUUAGGGAUUUUGGGUAGGUGGGGGGUCGGGUUUGGAGUUAAGAGGAGGUGGAUUGAUCAGGAGGGGUUUUUGUUGGUUCCUGUUGCGAUGGGGUUCCUGCUAACCGGCCUCUGCGGCUGCAUCGGUUCUGAUGAAACCCUCGCCUGCUUCAUCGCCGGCUGCACACUGAACUGGAACGGCACCUACCACGCCGAAACCCAGUCCCGCCAUGACACCUUCAACACAACCCUCGAAACGCUCCUCAACUUUGCCACAUUCCUAUUCCUAGGCGCCGCCAUGCCGUGGGACCAAUUCCAUAUGCCCGAGUCUUCGGGGCUAACAGUGAGCAGACUAGUAGGACUGGGGUUGAUGGUGAUCUUGUUUCGGAGGGUUCCGGCGAUGAUGCUGGGGUAUAAGUUUUUAGGAAGGGGUGUUUGUAGAGAUUGGAGGGAGGGGUUGUUUGUGGGAUGGUUUGGGCCUAUUGGAAUUGGGGCGAUUUCGUAUGUCGAGUACGCUCGUCGACUUUUUCCGGGACCUGGUGAGAGUGAUCAUGAGAUUAAUAACUUGACAGCUGUUAUGAGGCCUGUGGUAUACUGGCUCGUCCUAUUUUCAAUUAUUGUCCACGGUCUCUCUGUUCCUGUUCUCAAUAUCUUCUAUAGGAUGUUCAAAGUACAGCCUGUCCGGGACCAUCCUGUGCAAAUCCAUUUGUUAUCUGAAAGCGAGCCGCUGCCGAAUAAUAGUGUACUACUAGAUGGUCAACGGCAGUCUGUGCUUGUGAAUAAUCAGUUCUCAAGGGUGCCAGAGGACUCCGAGGAUACAAACGGUAUGGGGCGAGAUGACACAGGAUCAAUUGUUUGCGAAAGGGUUGAGGUUGAGUUGACAUCGAUGAAAUAAACUCAACCCUGUAACCGCUACUUGCAAAAAGAAUCCGCAUGGAUUCGUUGGACUCAGCAACAACAAGAUACCAUUCAGAAAACACCCAUUCAAUCCUCUGAAUACUCAUCCACAACCGAAACAUCAGUCCAAAU